AUGAUCGACUUGACGCGCUAUGAUAAAAUUUUAAAUCGUCUAAGCUAUGAAACCUCUAGGAUGAACGAGACCAACGCUAUCACUGACGUCAUCACCUAUCAGUUGGAGAAAACUCAAACUCAACUCGACGAGCUGAAGGGCCCUAAGCCUAAAAGACCCAAGCGUUCAAUCAAUUGGAUUGUGCCAGCCUGGAAGUGGAUUGCUGGCACACCUGACGCCUUAGACUGGGAUGAAGUCCUGCGGAGCCAAGACGCAUCAGUAACCAAUAACAACCUUCAAUAUAAGGUAAACUCUGAAAUAUUCAAGAAAACUCAAGAGCUAUUACAGGCUGUUAAUGGAAUCGCGACUGCCACGAAUCCCAUUUUGGGACGCAACAACCUGGCUAAAGCUUCACAGGAAAUAGAGCACAAGGUAGCGACCCUUAACGACGACGUUAACGAGUUGAUUCAAGCAUGUCAAAUGGCCAAAGCAGGAGUUGUCAACAGUAACCUAUUAAAUAAAGAGGAAAUAAAUCAACUAAUAAGCGAAAUCGAAGUCCUUCCGUACAGCAACGUCAUCGAAGCCAUCGAAUAUAGUGAGCCAUCAAUCUACACCAACGGCACUCUUCUACUAUACGUCCUGUCGAUGCCAAAAGUGGUGCAAACAUGGUUCAACCAUUUAAUCACACGAUCAAUUUUGAAGGAUGGUCAUCGAGUCGACUUGAAGUACAAAACAAUCCUAAUGAACAAACAACAGACGUAUGGUAUUAAGGAUAGCUGUCUACACCUCGCCACCGCUAUGGUUUGCAAACAGGGGUCACUAGAUUUACUGCCUGAAGAAGAGUACUUACCACGUCUACUCAAGGGUGGCCAAACAAGUUGUCGCUACAUAACCUGCAUGGAAACAACGGUUGAAGUACUCAAGGAAGAUACAAUAUUCCUGGAGAACUUCAACAGCAGCGUAUGGUCAGCUUACAAUAAUAUUUUACUGCUAGUUAUUGGCAAUAGUUCGGCUCAUACCCGUGAUCUCAAGGAAGUGCAGGGUAAAUUAGCCCGCUGCAAGGAACAGUUAGCAAAGUGCUUUAUUAAACUGAAUUGUCGUGUUAGAAUUCCACCUGAUAGCUUAUCGCUAAUUUGCCAAUCAGACCUAGCUGACUCUGAGUCAAAAGAAGAGUUUAUUGACGCCAAGUCAGAAGCUUCGCUCGAAGGCAAAGCACGUGAAGCAAUUCCAACCGAAGUUAACUCUGUUAGACAAAUAAAAGAUGCGUUGAGAAACAGAAUAAAACCAGACAACUCGAAAGUUGUAGCUGGGAAAAUUGCAUCUUUACAUGUCACAAAUAACAAUUAUACGGAAUUUGCUAAGCGUGUCGAGGAGCUUUCGGAUGCAUUAGAGCGUUCUGUGAUCAUUCAAGGCAUGACACAAUCUAAGGCCCAUGAAAUGGCAGUCGAGCAAACAGUUAACGUUUGUAGACUUAAUACUCGGUCGGAUUUGGUCAAAUCAAUUUUAUCGUCAACUACCUUCAGUGAUUCAAAAGACGUAGUGGCAAAAAUGAUAGUCGAACAAAAUAAUCAAGUGAAAGAGCGUCAAGUGUACAAUAAUAACGCUAAUAACAGUAGGUACAGCAAUAACGGUUCAAGGCAUAACGGCAACCAUUUCAACAAUAAUAGUAAUCGGUCAUCAAACAAUAACAAUCGAAACAGUAACAGCAACAAUAAUAGUAGUAGACGUCUAAAUUCACGCAAUAAUGCUAAUCGUGUCGAGGAGCUUUCGGAUGCAUUAGAGCGUUCUGUGAUCAUUCAAGGCAUGACACAAUCUAAGGCCCAUGAAAUGGCAGUCGAGCAAACAGUUAACGUUUGUAGACUUAAUACUCGGUCGGAUUUGGUCAAAUCAAUUUUAUCGUCAACUACCUUCAGUGAUUCAAAAGACGUAGUGGCAAAAAUGAUAGUCGAACAAAAUAAUCAAGUGAAAGAGCGUCAAGUGUACAAUAAUAACGCUAAUAACAGUAGGUACAGCAAUAACGGUUCAAGGCAUAACGGCAACCAUUUCAACAAUAAUAGUAAUCGGUCAUCAAACAAUAACAAUCGAAACAGUAACAGCAACAAUAAUAGUAGUAGACGUCUAAAUUCACGCAAUAAUGCUAAUGUGCGCGCUUUAAACGCCCACGCCCCUCAGAAGCGAACACUGAGGGCGGAAGAAUUGGACAAUUAG